CCUAAAUUUACACCCCCUUCCCCGCACCCCCUUCCCCGCACCCGCCUUCCCCGCAAGCAGAACCUGCCGUUGUUGCAGCCGAGUCAGCUGCCGCGAUUCCAGGCGAGCCAAUGGAUAUCAUGACUGCCUUACAACUUGUCCUCAGAAAAUCUCUGGCUUAUGGUGGUCUUGCACGAGGCCUUCAUGAAGCAUUAAAAGUGAUUGAGAAGCAUGUUGCACAGUUCUGUGUUCUAGCAGAAGACUGUGACCAACCUGACUAUGUUAAACUUGUUAAGGCCCUUUGCGCAGAGCACAAUGUUAGCCUGUUGACGGUUCCUAGUGCAAAGACCCUUGGAGAAUGGGCUAGUAAAUGGCGGUAACAGACUCAACAUCUUUCCAACGACUAUUUCAGAGGGCAGCUUCGGCUCAGUUUAGGAGGCCUCUCCUUCAUUUAGUUUCCACUCGUAAGUUACUAAUCCAUGA